CGAUGGCGGUUCUUUUUAUUUGAGUCGAAGCAUGUUGAUGUUUGCUCAGUGUUAAAUUUUGUCUAUUCAAAUUAUUUAUAGUAUUAGUGUUUCUAGGAGAUGGAAUUGAAAUAAUCUCACUAUAUUAAACUUGAAGCAAGAGACUUCUGUUUAUUACUAUUAGAAUUUAGAGUGGUGCAGUAGCAAUACAGUGGUUAAAACUUGGAAUUACUUAUUCAAAAGACAUUCAUACAAUUAUACAUAACUAUGGAUGACCUCAUCAGUUGCCUAGCAACAGGAGUAACUGUGUCAUCAACUCCAAAUGAUACGGCUGCCCCUCAUCCAAGAUUUGCUCAGUACAAACCUAAAUAUGCUGUGCCGCCACAAGAAGAGAGACGAAAACGUUUCCUUGAAGCACAAAAGAAAAAACGCUAUGACUACGUUCUUCAUGCUCGAAAAUUGGCAGAUGGAGACUGGUCAGAAUGUAGUGAAGAAGAAGAAGAAAAAGCAGAAGAGGAAAUGGAAUGGGUGGGAGAACCCAGGAAGCUUUCUCGAUCAUACAAAAAUCAGUUGAUGUUAUCCGAAUGGCUUGUUGAAGUUCCCUCAGACCUGUCUGAAGAGUGGUUGUUGGUGUUGUGUCCAGAUGGGAAACGAAAUCUUGUGAUAGCUUCAAGGGGGCGUACAAGAGCUUUCACAAAGAGUGGAUAUCUUAUAAAUACUUUUCCAUCAGAACUACCAGGAGGAAAUAGAAAACAAAGAAAACAUUCUGUGGAUUACACGUUGCUUGAUUGUGUUUUUAAUGAAAAGGAAAAAACAUUCUUCAUACUUGACAUAAUGUGUUGGAGGUCAAAUCCUGUAUUUGACAGUGAGACAACUUUCAGGCAUUGGUGGCUUCACACGAAAAUUGCAGAGAUUCCUGCAGUUCAAAAAUGUUCAAAAGUAAAUCCAUACAAGUUUGUUCCCUUGCCAUCCUAUCCAUGUGAUUAUGAAGUGAUUCAGAGCACCCUGUGGUCAAACCUACCUUUCUCUUGUAAGUUAGAUGGGUUGCUUUUCUAUCAUAAGAGAACUCAUUACACUGCUGGUGUAACUCCUCUUGUUGGGUGGCUGAAGCCAUACAUGUUGCCAGAAAUGAUGCAGAUUCCUGUGCCAGAAACUCUUACCUUUGAUAAGCCACCUACUUAUGUUUCUAUGGAACAACAUCUACCAAAAGCUUUCAAGGAACAUAGGGAAAGAAAAAAUAUUGAACAACAAGAAAAAGCUGAAGAAAAAAUAUCAAUUCAGAUGGAAGAAAUGGUCACCUGAAGAAACAGUCUUUUGAUAUGAGAGAUUGUAGUGUUGAUUUAUUUUAACCUUUGACCUAGUCAAAUUUCUGAAGCUCAGUGAUGAUAAAAAAACAAUUUCAGUUGUGCAUAUUGGAAAACUUUUUCCAAUUAAAAACGUUAUACCAGUAGAAUAUUCUUGUAUUUACACAUAUGCAAACACUUGUUACAAAAGUGAUGAUGAUUUUGUAAUAAAAUGCUUACAAGAAGUUGUUAGGAUGCUUACAUUUUGUUUGUUUCUUCAAACUGCAGUGAUAAAUAUGGGCUUCAAUUCCAGCGAUUUUGUAAAAUUGUAUUUUUUCUCUAUGUAAAAAUAUUAUUUUUUCUGUUAUUAUUUUUUACAUAUUACAUAACAAAUGGUUAUAUCUUUUGUUUAAAAUGUUAGUAUUGUGCUUAUCACAGGUUACUAGAUAUGCCACAACAUGAACUUGUACAGAGCCCAAGUCAACAGUACUUCUUAACUUUCACUGGUAUAUUUAUAGACAAACAGCUCUUCAAUUUCCAGAUUUAUUUUUUAAAUUCACACUAAAGAACAAGACACACUUUAAUAUUUCUUGACUUACCUAGAGUAGUAAACUUUGGAAAAUUUGAAGGAUAUAUCCUCUCUUCGUGGUGGUAUAACACUCAAAACUUGUGUGGUAGUGCUUUAAAGAGACACAUACAUGUGUCUAUGAUAGUAAAAGAGCUAAGAACUCAGUUUACUUUUGUUCACCAUUUACAUUAUCUAGCCGUGCAGAUGAGGUUUUACAGAACAAUUUAUUGGUAUUAUUGUUUAACUCCUUCCCUUAUCCUUUUUUCCCUAAGUAUAUUCCAAAAAACAUUAUAUCUUUUCAUUAUGUUUUUGCAUAUAGGCAAAGUGAAACAAACUAUUUCAUAAUAGUUUGUUAUAAAGUUUAUUACAUGAGAGAAAAAAAAAUGACGUAUAAUAAAGCUUUUGUUAUAAACCCGAGUUAUCUCAUCAAAUAUAAAAGUGUAAAGAAAAUAAUAUAUCUAGGAUUAUUUGCAUGAAAUACUUUAUACAUGCAAAAAACAAGUACACAACUAUAAAAAAAUAAGAAAAAAGACAAACUGUUAGAAAAAUUUAUAGUUCAUUCAAUGUUGUAUUAUGGUAGAUUCUGAAGCAAGGUGUGAUAUAGAAUGGUACAUCACAAUAAUACCUGCUUUCUCCUCAUAUUCUCUUCCCAUUAGCAUCUUGUUUUCUUAUCAGAAGCAGGAUCCAAAAGUAUCUGCUUGUGCUGCUGUCUUAUUAGUGGAAUUAAUAUAAAACAGAAUUUCAGUCUCACAUCAAGUUUACUUGGGUGAAAAAUUUUCCACGUACAAGCAACCUGGUUUAACAUAGUAUAAUAAUUAUUUACAAGACCACUUGGUCUGAGUGUACUCGGGAUAGCCAGGGAAGUGGUUAAGGUGUUCUUGAGUUAAGAGCUGAAACACCUCUAGCAGCAAGGGUACUCAGCUGAUGACCUUGGAGCAGAGUGGUCAAAGAAGUUUUAUGUAUUUGCCUGUUACUCAUAAUUAAGACUAUUUUUAUCAACUCUUUGGGGUAGAAGCUAUUACGUAAUUAUUUUUUCAAUGUAUAAUUAAGACAUGAUUUAUUGCAGUUUUCUUUAAAAACAGGUACAUUUGUAUAGUGUCAUUAAAGUUAUUUGGUAAAUUUUAAUCUAUUUGUACAUUUAAAGAUUUGAAACACAGUUCAUUGGUUGUUAUGGUAUGUAUAAAAUUAGUCUUUACUGCUGAUAAGAUAAAUAAAGUUACUAUUUCAGGUGCUGUGCAGCCUUUGUUAUUCUUGCAUAAAAGCAAUCUUAAUUCAUGAAGUUAAAUGUGACAAACAUAAGUUGUUUUAAUAAUUUACUGAAAUGCAGUUUAAAAACAUUUUAAAAUUCUGGUUGUACUUGUAUCAGUUUUAUCUUCCUUAACUUUUUUAUAGGUAAGAAUUACAAAGAAAUGAAACAUUAUUUAGGGCCACUGAUAAGUUAAAUGUAUCUUAUUUGAAGUAUACAAGUAAAUAUCCAGCACUGUUGAAUGUAAUAAAUAAGAUAUAUACAUUAAUCAUUGUAUUUAAAAGCUACAAACUAAAAUUUCACCUUACACUUUGUAUGAUAAAGAGAGAAAUUUAAAUACAAAAAUUCUCAAGGUGCUGAGAAAUGUGUCUUAGAUUUGUCAUAUCUUUUUUAAUUCAGGAUGAAAUAUAUUUUCUUUGAAAAUAUAUCAUUUUUAAAUGUUCUGUAAUAAUAACCUUAAUGAAGAAUUAAAACAAUUAUUUUGAAUACGUACCAGUUGAUAUUUGUUAGAUGACAUCUGCUAACUUGUACAUGUGUGUGUUAGUAACAAAGGUUGGUGGUUACUUACAUGUUAUAUUUUGCAUUUUCUCUUUAAACUGAGAUUAAAUUUAUAUCAAAGAUUUUCUUGGCUAUUCUUUUUAUGUGUUUUCUGCUUUUAAAUUAGUUAAUAAGCUAUUAAUUACAAUAUGAAUUUGUUGAAACAAAGUUAUUCAUCAGCACUUAGAUUUCUAAGUUUUCAAAUGUAUUGAUAAAUAUUUGCAGAUAUCAAUAAUAUGUCUAGUGUCCAAUCCCCUCAAAUAACCAUUUCUGUGAAAAUUCAUAUUAUAGCAUAAAAAAUUAAUUCUGUGAAAUAGACCAAACAAGAAAAACACGUGUACAUGAAUGUUAGGCCUACCAUUACAACUACUUGUGUACAUGAAUGUUAGGCCUACCAUUACAACUACUUGUGUACAUGAAUGUUAGGCCUACCAUUACAACUACAUGUGUACAUGAAUGUUAAGCCUACCAUUACAACUACUGGUGAUUUUCCUUCUUACAAUUAAAACUACACAUGCUUAUUGUACACUAUUCUUGUCGUACAGAAGGAUACAACUGGUAGAAACUGCUCUGAUGAGCAUCUUCAAUUUUUACAUUGAAAUUGGAAAAAUUAUUAAGUUUAUAAACUUUACAAAAAUAACAUAGACACAACAAAGAAAAAUUAUGUUCUUCGAGGCUGUCUUUGCACACUUACCCUUGAGAAAAGUAAAAAUGUAAGUGCAUCAUUUAUUUUUAGGAAAGUAUUAACUUCCCUUUUAAACUUGUAAAGUACUACCCUACAUUAUGGCUGAUGGCAACUCAUUCUAUAAGCUAAACACCCUGUUAAAAUGCCACAAUCAAAUGUUGUCAAAAGAAAAAGUAGCAACCUGUUUUAAUAAUAGAGCAGUUGUGUGACUGAGCUGCUUACUUCUAGAAUAAUGCAUUAAUAUUUGUACAUACAGGAUUUGAUAUAUGCUGACUUAAUAUUUUAAGAGAGGCAAAUAAUCUCACCAAUUCUUACCCUUUAAAUAAUGUGGACAAGAUAUGUCCUGAAGCAAUUGGGUUAUUUUCGAGGGAAUUUACAAUUGCUUUGACGUUUUUAGGAGUUUUUAGUAAUUUAGAAAGUUUAAGAAUAAAGUUAAAUUAGUAGUUGUGUUUUUUGUAAACAACUAAAAAACGUGGAUGAACUAGAAAAACAAGGUUAAGCUAGUAAGAUGCAUUGCCUAGAAAUGAGAUGAGUGUACUAGAACUUGUGACAGGUUGACCUCAACCCUUUAGAACUAGGAAAGUCACAGAAAAGUUUGGUUUAGUGAGUGAUAUCAGCGCUUUGAGGUGAUAUCACUUACAGCACAUGGGUGUAGUGGUACAAGUAAGUAGGUGACCGGCUAACACAACCUAACUGUAACCAAUUACUUGAGAGUUAUGGUUUUGGAACAGCCCGGGGAUUCCCAUAAAGCGUGCAAUAGGAUCACAGGACUACUUGUGGGUGAUGCUGUGUCCUAUUUAGAUGAUUGAGAUAAUACACAGAAAAUUUGCUUUAUAAACCCAUGUCAGGGGAUGAAAAAUCAGUUCUCCGGGAUUCAGAAGAAGUUACUUUGAAGUGCUGAAGGUUUCUAACGUUAUUUGAUUUCCGAAUACAACACCAUUGUAAGUAAACUUCAGUCAGUUAAUACCAAUAUUUUGUAAAAUGUUAUGUUGAAAUAUAUCUGUGUAUUAAUGAAAGUGUAUACUGAAGAUAGUACAAGUAUUUUAAUUGAGUUAGAAGCCAUUUUAUGUUUGUUUGUCAUAAACGAAGUUUUGUCUUUAUCAACUGUUAGUUAGAUGAAUUAAUGAUUAAUAAAAGUUAUUGUAAUUGUUCA